AAACGCAAAGAGAUGUUAAUUUUGUGUAGAUGUAAUAUGUAUGCUUUUGCGUCUUAUCUAAUAAAAAUAACGUGAAUUAUCUUGGUUGAUUCUUUCUAAUGUAUGUUAAGCUAGAUGUUUUCAAUCCUAAAACCAAUUGGUGAUGGAUUAGUCAUCUAUUUUUAUAUAUUGCUUAAGAUUUCUUCCAAAAUGUUACACAAUUUAUAUCUAAAAAUGUAUGCUCUCGAAAAUAAAUAAAGUUCAAAUAAUAUUUAAUCUAUCUGCAAAUGCAACAUACAUACUAGAUUAAAAUGAGCGUUUAUGUUCAUAUUAAUUUAGUGAGCUUUCAGUAGAUGUAAAAACUGAUUGUCAAUCCAUAAAAUCGAUAUUUACAAAUUCUAAAAAUAAUACCGAAAAGGUAUCUAAAUUCACGAUGUAUUAUAUAAUUUUCAUUAAAACAGAAUUUUCAGCUCUGAUGGUAAAAAGUUUACACCUGUGAAUUUUGUUAUUUUUGUUGGAGUCUGUCUAAUCGCAGACGUCUUAAGUGAUUAGUUUUUGAACUUUUUAAACUUUUUGGAAUACCACGAUUAUCAAUAUAUAUAUAUCAUUUUCGCUGAACAUAAUAACUUGUAAUUUUGUGUAGAUGUAAAAACUGAUAGAAUCCGGAAAAUCAUAUUAAUAAGUUGUAACAACACUAUAUAACGAUAUCAUUUUCGUUUCAUAUUUAAUAUUUUUGUUAGGUUAUAAAUGCCAAGCUUGCGUAGACGUGAAGAAUUAGUUAGAAAAAAUAUCCCUUUCUUGGUACGUAGCUACAAGACUAUCAUAUAUACGAGUAAAAUCGCUCUCUUCCUAAAAACAUGUGGAUGGGAGGAAGAAAGCUUAGCCUGUGGGUGGCCUGUCUAACUCUUUGAUAUAUAACAUCGCAGCAAUACUAACCAACCAUAGUUCGUCACGUACCAAAGCUUGCCGUCUCUGUUAUAAAUGAAACCAUGGCUUGCUUGAUUUCCCCUGUAAUGAAACUCCGUCGUCUAUCCUCGGCUGAUUCGCGGCGGUUUGCAUACCGGAAUCUGAGCGACGACGAUAUGGAGGAUUCGGUUAUAAGGGUGGUGGUGGGGAAGGAGAAGAAAGAGUUCAUGGUCGAAACGUACGUCCUCGAAGAGACACCGUUUAGAGUCUUGAUUGGUUCGGCUAAGGAUCGUACCAAGCGCCGGUUAAACCGGACUGGUAGAGUAGUGUGGCUUGAUCAUGUCGACUCGAUCUUGUUCGAGCACUUGCUGUGGCUUCUUCGUAACGAUGCCUCUUCAUUUUCGGAUAUGGAUGUCGUCGAGAUCAUUGAUUUCUACGCUCAAGAUUGCUAGAGAAAUAAAUUGUGAUGUUGCAAGUUGUAACCAUUUAGACGUGUAUACUGUGAUGCUAUACUCGGUCUUUGAUUCAUAGUGUUUUUAGAGGAUCGGUUUGCUUCGAAAUAUCUGUGAUCUUUGUGCUAUAACGAGAAGGCUCAUUAAUAUUUGCUACAGACAAUGCGGCCCAUUAUGAGA